ACUUCCGGUGAAAUUGUUUUCAUUCGCAACAAUUUUUUUUUGAAGUUUUCCUUUAAACCUUUGAUGCCUUUGUAACCAAACGCUAAUGUAAACGAAAACGUUUCAUUUUUGCGUGUUUCUACAGAAUGUCGACGGAAGAUAAAGAACAGAUAGAAAAUGACACGUCAGGCAAAUACUUGAUUAAAAAUGGGGGGAUGGUUGGGAACGACAAGUGGUUGGAAGCUUACAAGGACCCAGUGGCCUCCCUUUACACGCUGACUCAGUGUAUAUGUCUGUCUGACGUCCAGGCUGAUGGAGACUGGAAACUCAUCAUCGCUGAUCUAGGGACUGGCUCCUUCAACAUGAAAUUAAAAGUUUACAAAGGGACUAACCUGAUGAGUGAGCACACCAUCAUCGACCUCCCCACUGGUGUCGUGUCAUUCUACAUGGACACACACGAGCCACGCACUCCAGCCAUAGCUGUUGCCUCAGGACCCUACAUUUAUGUGUAUAAAAACCUCAGACCAUAUUUCAAGUUCACCUUGCCAACGUUAGAGGUCAACCCGGUGGAAGCUGACCUCUGGAACCAGGUCAAGGAGGAGAAAAUAAAUAUCUUUGUUCUGAGGGAGAUGCUGGAAGGAAUGAGGGCGGAGGGGACGGUGUUGACGGUGAGGUCACUGAGAUUUCUACAGCUACAAGACGUAGGGGACUGCGAGACCUUCGCCAACAUGUAUAAGUACACUCCUCUUAAAAGACAGACUGUGAUAACCUGCUUGAGUACAAUGAAGAAGUCGAUGGCGGAGGAGGAUGCUAUCAGCUGUCUGGUGCUGGGGACAGAGAGUAAGUCCAUCUAUGUCCUUGACCCUGAAGCCUUCACCGUUCUGACCACGCUGGACCUGCCGGCGGUGCCUGUGUUCCUGAGUGUGACGGGACUGUUUGAUGUGGAGUACCGCAUUGUGGUGGCCUGUCGUAACGGAUGUAUAUACACCCUAAAGAGGGGAACAACAGAUCCUUUGAAGAACUGUAUAGAGUUGAACUCUCAGCCCGUUGGGCUAGAGAGAAUCAACAAAACCAUCUACGUAGGAACAAUGGACGAAUCUCUGCACUGUUACACGUCCAAGGGUAAGAAGCUGUGGACGGUGAAGCUGCCGGGCAGUAUGACGACAAUGGAGGUGAUUGACUACAAGAGUAAGGGCUUCAAGGCAGUGAUCGUGGCCCUCAAUAACUGUCAGGUCCACAUCUACAAGGAGAAGUACCUAGUCAAUGUCAUCAAAACCGACGCCAUUGUCACUGGACUCAAAUUCGGACAGUUUGGUCGGGAGGAGGGGACCCUCAUCAUGACCCUCAAAGGGGGAGGACUGGUCAUAAAGAUUCUGAAGAGGAACGCCACAUUUGAGGAGAAGGAUUUGUCGGGGGGUCCACCCUCAGCCCAGAACACACGACUGAACGUCCCCAAGAAGACAAAGCUCUUCGUGGACCAGACGAUGAGGGAGAGAGAAAACGCCAUCACAAUGCACAGGACAUUCCAGCGAGACCUGUAUCUGCUGAGAUUGAACACACUGAGAGAGUACGCCAAAUCUCUGGACAACAGCAUGAAUCCGAUCUCAUCAGAUCCGUCCGAGCCGCUGAAACUAAACGCCCAGGUCCAAGGAAUCGGCCCGACCUUCAAGCUGACGGUCAACCUCCAGAAUACGUCUCUCAGCCAGCCCUCCACCAGUUUACUGAUCACGUUUCUGUACGACGAAAAACUCUACAACUUCAAAAAGUCUUUCAUUGAGGUCCCUAUGCUGGUUCCAGGGCUGAACUAUGCUUUUGAGACGUUUCUGGAAUGUCUGAGUGACAAAGGAGUCUCGGACAACAUCAAGGCCUUUGUUUUGAAGGAGGGAUCUCAGGUACCUCUGAUAACUGGGGUAAUUAGUAUGCCCUGCACUGACAUCGAACCAGUAUCCCAAGUGUCGACCAAGAACAAGGACCUCUUUGAAUAAUUAAGCAGUGUUCGUUCUGAAGGAUGGAAAGAGUGUCCCUAUCAUCACCGGGGUCAUCAGCAUGCCUGUCAGCGAGGGAUUGGUUGUUGUGUGAGGUCCCCGGGGUCAUCAGCAUGUCUGGCAGCGAGGGAUUAGUUGUUGUGUGAGGUCAUUGGGGUCAAGCUAGGGUCAUUUGAGGUCAUACUUGAAGACAUCUUAAAAGCAUGCAAAGAACAAUGGUGACAGGAUUUGGGAUCAUUCUGGUAGUGAAUCCGUACAGCCAGAAAUUGAAUUGUUUUAAUUUAUUUAAUUAUUUUCUGCCUGUGAUUCAAGUGACUGUUCAUGACGAAAAGAACUAUUACAUAUUUUUUUAUUUUGUGUCUUAUGAGGUUAAAGAAUUGUUAACAUAUCUCUCCAACACAACACAGUAUGCCUGGUUUGAUAAAUUCAUGUUUGAAGAUAAUAGAAACACUUCUAUUCUUUCCUGAUCUGUGUGCAUGUCCACUAUUUCCAUUGCUUCUAUAUGGUUGUAUACAUACCUCUGGUGUCAUUUCAAUUAUAAUUCAUUUAAAGAACAAUAAAUAAUCAGUCAUGUUC